GCCCUUUAAACGCGGAGUUGUUCAAUUAAAAGGGAGGGCAUCAGCUGUUGUUCACUGUGCUUUUUGAUUCGUCGGAGAAAAAUACAUACGUUAAGUAGAGUAAAAAAGACAAAUUAUAAUUAUUAUUGGUCAUCUCUUACAUUUUACCUUUUACCACUUCUCCUCCUACUCUUUCAUCGACCUCAUUUUGCUAGUAGGUCAACUUUAAUCACACAUCUCUUCCCCAACAUGGCAUCAGCACCAACAUCAAAUACAGGAAAUGAAGUUAAACGUAAAUUCGCAGUUUUGGGUUCAAGAAGUGUUGGUAAAUCAACAAUGAUCGUUCGUUAUAUGGAUAACGUUUUUGUUGAUUCUUAUUAUCCUACAAUCGAGGCUACAUUCACAAAGAGUAUCAAAUUCAAAGGACGGACAUAUAAUUGCGAUAUCAUUGACACUGCAGGACAGGACGAAUACUCCAUCUUGAACUCAAAACAUGCUAUCGGCAUUCAUGGCUACGUUCUAGUCUACUCCAUCGCAUCUCGUGCCAGUUUCGAUAUGAUCCAAACCGUUUACGACAAAAUCUUAAAUUACACCGGAACUGAACAUAUUCCAUGUGUUGUUGUUGGAUCAAAGAGUGAUUUACACGUUCAAAGACAGGUUAGCGAAGAAGAAGGAAAAGAAUUAGCCAAACAACUCAAAAGCGCUUGGGUUGAAACUAGUGCAAGACAUGACGUUAACGUUGCAAAAGUGUUUGAGCUCAUGUUAGGCGAAACUGAACGUGAUACAACCGAAGGUGGACCGGAACCUGAACCAAGCAAAUGUGUUGUGAUGUAAGAUUGUUGUUGUUGCUGCACACAUCACAAUCCACUCCACUCUCAUUUUACACACACAAGAUUCCACGAUGCAAAUCUUUUGUUUUUUGCCUUUGCUUAUGGUCGCUGCUGUACAACUCAAUUCGCUCUAUUGCCCGCUCGCAAAGCUAUACUCUUUAAAUCUAUCUGUGGACCAUACCUUGGAUCUUUUUCCCCCUUUUCUUUUGUCUUUUGUCUCUAGGCUGCUCAGUCUUUUCUUUAUUAUCUGUGCAUUGUACUAUACCAUAUAUUCCUCACGCUAAUCCAAAUGAUCGCUCGUCCUGUAAUGUU